UUUGAUAAACUGUCCGCAUUACGAAUUUGUUACAUGGUUAAAUUGUAACUUUAUUAUUUACAACUUCGUUUAUUUAAAAAAAUGGAAUAAUAAUAACCUCGCUACAUGGUUAUUCAUAAAGACCAUUUAACAGGAAACUAUGCAAUCAACGAGCAGCAUUCGUCGUGUACAAAAGUUCGCCAUUUCGCUAGCUGUGACCCAGAUAUCUUGCAAGCAGCGCCAGAACCGUGGGAACACCUGCCAGCCAUAUAAGGAAAUCACCAAUCAUGUGUGUACAUUAUUGGCCAGUGGCUAUGGGUACACAGUUGGCGCCAGUCUGAAUCACAGCCAACAGCUUGUGUACACCCUGUGCACCGAGAACGCCGGUCAGUCACAGCCCUUCGCUGUCAGCGCAGCAUCCCAGAAUGCACCUGCAUUCUUCAUAUCGUCAGCACAGCGGGGCCAGUAUGAGACUGCAUCUGAACACAUUGUUGCUUCCAGCUCACACCGAAUGCAGAAUCACAUGACCCGGUCUGGGUUUGAUGACCCUGUUGACCUCUCCAGUAGGAAGCUGAUGAAUGGUCUGGUCAAACAAGAGUGUCACCCAGGGGAUGAACGUAACCUUGGCAACAUGUAUGGUCUUCACAACGGACUUCACAUGACAUUGAACCAGGAGCAGGACACAGCUGGACAGUCACUUAUCCCAGGUCCAUUGACCCCACCACACAAAAUGAACAAUGAAUUGGUCACCAUGACAAACCCUCAUGAAAUGGGGACUCUGGCGUCAUCCAUCACCACCCCUCCUAGUCCUCUCCCCACCCCUUCACCUCCAGGGUUGCGCUCACAGUCAGAAGGAACCAGAUAUGAAUAUCAACAAUAUCAAGAUCAAAGAUUAACAAGGGAAGCAAUGAGGAAGUACUUGAAAGACAGAGGUGAUCAGAUUCUUGUGAUACUGCAUGCCAAAGUUGCACAAAAGUCAUACGGCAAUGAAAAAAGGUUUUUCUGUCCACCCCCCUGCAUCUACCUGUUUGGUAAUGGCUGGAAGCGCAAGAAAGAGGAGAUGGAACGAGGCGGGGCAUCAGAGCAGGAGUCCACGGUGUGUGCGUUCAUGGGCAUUGGGAACUCCGACCAGGAGAUGGUACAGCUGAACAUGGAGGGGCGGAAUUACUGUGCAGCUAAAACAUUGUUUAUAUCAGACUCUGACAAGCGAAAGCACUUUAUGCUAAGUGUGAAAAUGUUUUACGGAAAUGGACAAGACAUUGGUGUGUUCAAUAGCAAAAGGAUUAAAGUGAUAUCUAAACCAUCCAAAAAGAAGCAGUCUUUGAAAAAUGCGGACUUGUGUAUAGCCUCAGGGACAAAAGUGGCUCUGUUCAACCGAUUGCGUUCACAGACUGUGAGUACUCGGUACCUCCACGUGGAAGAUGGUAACUUCCAUGCCAGCUCCAUACAAUGGGGAGCGUUUACAAUACAUCUGUUGGAUGACAAUGAGUCGGAGAGUGAAGAGUUCACAGUAAAGGACGGCUACAUCCAUUACGGCUCCACUGUGAAACUCGUCUGUUCGGUCACUGGAAUGGCUCUUCCUAGACUGGUGAUCCGCAAGGUGGACAAGCAGACGGCAGUGCUGGAUGCAGACGACCCAGUGUCCCAACUCCAUAAAUGUGCCUUCUAUCUUAAAGACACAGAGAGGAUGUACCUGUGCCUUUCCCAGGAGAGAAUCAUUCAGUUCCAGGCAACACAGUGUCCCAAAGAAGCCAACAAAGAAAUGAUCAAUGACGGAGCAUCAUGGACAAUUAUCAGUACUGACAAGGCUGAAUACACCUUCUAUGAGGGCAUGGGUCCUGUCAAACAGCCCGUGACCCCUGUACCUGUGGUCAGCAGCCUCCAGUUGAAUGGAGGUGGUGAUGUUGCCAUGUUGGAUCUGACGGGGGAGAACUUUACUCCUUCCCUUCGGGUCUGGUUUGGAGAGGUCCCAGCAGAAACCAUGUUUCGCUGUGAUGAUGGUAUGCUGUGUGUGGUACCGGACAUCUCUGCGUUCAGGGCCAGCUGGCGGUGGGUCCGGCAGCCACUUCAGGUUCCAGUGUUAUUAGUGCGAAAUGAUGGUGUUAUUUAUUCCACCGGACUUACAUUCACUUAUACACCUGAGCCUGGCCCACGGCAAAGGUGCAGAGAUAUUGACAUGCUGCUUGAUCCAGAAGAUUCCAGCUCUUCAGAUAUUCCCAAUAGUGCUAACUCCAGUGCAACUACUUACACAACGUCCGUGUCUCGUAUUGACCUGUGAAGGACAUGCUCUCGUACAUGUGGGUUGUGAUACACAUUUUGCCUACACUUGGAUCCAGUUUGAUGCUCGGUUAUUCAUUAUCGCUAACCAUUAUGCAAUAUAAAUGUCAUAUGCAUGCCAAAUCCAAUAUCACCAGUAUUCUGGGCAUAAAUCAUGAUCUGAGUCAUGUCAUGUAAACGUCGGUCUAAGGAGUCGUGUUCUGAGAAAACUGGGAAUAAUGCAUGUGCAUAAAGUGUCGUCUCAGAUUAGCCUGUGCAAUCUGCAAAGGCUAAUCAGGGACGACAAUUUCCGCUUUUAUGACAUUUUUCGUUUAAAUGAAGUUUCUUAGCAAAAAUCCAAUUUAGGCGGAAAGUGUCAUCCCUGAUUAGCCUGUAUGGACUGCACAGGCUAAUCUGGGACAACACUUUACGCACAUUCAUUAUGCCCUGUUUUCUCAGAUCACGACCCAUAUCUAAACAGUGUAGCUUUAGAUAUGCGUCUUCAUCCGUAUACAUAUGUAGCAUGCAGGGUAGCUACUGACAAGCCUGCACGAAUGCGCUGGACUGGAGCCACGCGGGCUGUGUAUGGGAUCAUACCCAUUUUUGAAGGAUAUAACUCAUUAUGAAUGUUGCAAAUCAAAGGAACGCUGGACUAAAAAGCUGUUUGUCAUGAUAUCCCCACAAAAGCUGAAUGUACACAGGCGGAUCAGGGUCUAGAUUCUUCAGUUGUAUUGUUUUUUUUCUCUUUAAAGGUCUCACAAUUAAUCCUUCUGUAUACCUAAACUGCGCUCUGAUAAGUUAAUCAUACCAUAAUCUGAAGAUGACACUCAAGUGUUUGUUCAUGAUGUCCAAUUUUGAAAUGUCAUGCCUUUAAUUACUUUGGUAGCACAUUCUGAAAACAUUUUUUUGUGUGCUCAACAUACCUAAAAUUUGAUCACAAUUGAUUUACAAUCAUUUGAUUCUUAGGGCAUUGAGCAGAAACAAUGUUUUUCAACUAUCAAGCUGGCUUGAACAUGGUAAGUAAUAUAUACACUUAUCCAUACUUUUUUUUACCGAGUUGAAGGGUAUAGAUUGUGUUAUUGAAUUUCAGUGGUAAAAAUUCUUAAAAAGAUAAACAACAAAACAAUUGUAAAACAUAUUACAUGUAUUAUGUUUAUUUUAAAUAUGGACUCUCAUCAGUAAGGCUUGCUAUGGUUCAAUUUAAUCUCAUAAGUUAUAUAAUUAUAGUUUAAAGAUAAGUAUGAAGGAAAUUUUGCAUGCUUUCUAGUAAGAUUCUGAAACGUUUCACCCCUUAAAUUUCCAAUGUAUGUUUGAUUUUGUGAAGGUAACAAUCUUUUUUUUAGUUUAUGUAAUUGUUAAUGAAGCCAUUGAUAGAAAUGUUAUUUUUAUGUUGAAGUUUUGUAUUUAUAUUUAUUUUGACCUAUCUGUAAGUGUAUGAAUGUACAUUUAAUCAAUUAAGUUUUACCCGGAAGCAUCAAUGAAAAUAUAUUUUAUUAAAUUAUUAUGCAUUUCAUUCCAUUAUUUUCACACAGUUCGUCUUGAUAAUAAAAUAACACUGAACUGACAUAUUGAUGUUUAUUCUGCUUUUUUAUUGGCCAGUGAAAUGAAGACAUUGUAUUACAGAGCAGUAGUUUCAGUUUUAUAGUGCCUGUGCAUGGUGUAUAUAUUGACAUAAAUGUAUGAUUUUAAACACUUCAUUUGCAAUAAAUGUAUUUCCUCAU